UUCCACUCGAACUCAUCAUUACUUAAACGCUCAACUCCAUCGCUCCAUCACACUCCAUUUCAUACGCAACAAAAGCAAAACAAGCAAACCAUGGGAACCCAAUCCCCUCUUUUCCUCUCUUCUUCACUCUUAGUCCUCAUAGUCACGUUCUACAAUCUCCACACAACCACCGUCGCAGUCAGAUCCGCCGGCGCCGGCAAUUCCGACUCCACCAGUUUUAUCCGUACAAGCUGUGGCAUAACACUCUACCCUGACCUCUGUGUCUCCUCUCUCUCUUCUUACAAGAACGCUAUCCAACAUAAUCAUGCCAUACUCGCUCGCGCCGCCGUAACUGUUAGCCUCGCCAGGGCCCAGACCAUGGCCUCCUACGUCUCGAACCUCCUCCGUCGAGCCAACAGCGACGACACCACCUCGGCCCUCCGUGACUGCUCUUACAGCCUCGGAGUUGCGGUUGAUAACAUCCGCGGCUCGCUCAAGGAGAUGGAACGGAUGAGUGAUAAAAAUGCGGUUAACGGCGAGAAAUUCAGGUUCCAGAUGAGCUGUGUUCAGACGUGGAUGAGCACGGCAAUGACAGAGCAGCAGUCGUGCAGCCAGCGGUUCGACGCUGUGCGGGACGGCAGCGUGAAGACCGAUGUGCGUGGUCGUGUGACGGAGGUGAAGAAGUUUAUCAGUAAUGCUCUAGCGCUGGUGCAAAGUUAUGGGAAUAACGUAAGAAAACCCUAAAUAAGAUACUGCAGAUCCACUUUUCAUAGCAGGGAAAAAAAAAAAUGUAUGCAGAGUUUUGUGUGUUAAUAUGUUGAAUUAAGUUAGGAUAACGAUGACUAAUGUAUGAAUCUUUAAUGAUAAUAAUAAUAAUAUGAUGCUGUGAGUUACGCAUCGAGUGUCUGAA